AUGUACUCAUAUUCUGUUAUUAUUUACUCUAGCUCUCUACUCUUUCACGUAAUAGACUUUGGCCACGUCUCUAUAACAACAUCCAACUGUACAUCCACACAUCUCACUGCCUUUCUGCUGACUGGUAUCCCAGGCUUAGAAGACUUCCAAAUCUGGAUCUCCAUCCCUUUCAGCUUCAUGUAUCUUUUGGCUGUGAUAGGCAAUGGCCUGGUUGUGGCGGUGGUAGCCUGGGACAGAAGCCUCCAUGAACCCAUGUAUGUCUUCCUGGGGAUGCUGGCAUUCAACGACGUCCUCCUUUGUACUGUCACAGUACCCAAAAUGCUUCUCAUCUUCUCGCAGGGCUCUUCCCUGUCCACCUUUCCUGCCUGCCUCACACAGAUGUUUUUUGUUCACGCUCUCUUCCUCUCUGAAUCUGCUGUUCUACUGGCCAUGGCUUUUGAUCGCUAUGUGGCUAUCUGUUCACCUCUCCAUUAUGCAACCCUACUUACAGGCUCUCUCAUUAGCAAGGUGGGCCUGGCUCUGGUGGCUCGAAGUGUGGCUGUGGUCACCCCAGGUGUCCUCCUCAUUCUCCGGCUACACUUCUGCCAGAGCAAUAUCAUCCACCAUACCUACUGUGAGAACAUGGGCAUCGCCAAGUUGGCCUGCAAUAGCAUUGCCCUUAAUAGCAUUUAUGGGCUCACUGCUGCUCUCCUCACCACAGGGCUGGACUUUCUCCUCAUCUCCCUGUCCUACUGGCUAAUUCUGAGAACAGUCUUCCGACUACCUUCUAGGGAAGCCCGGACAAAGGCCUUUGGGACCUGUGGAGCUCAUAUAUGUGUCAUCUUAAUAUUCUAUACUCUGGCCUUCUUUUCUUUCUUUACCCAUCACUUUGGAAAGCAUGUGCCCAGGCAUGCCCUUAUCCUCCUGGCAAACCUCUACUUACUGGUGCCACCUACCAUGAAUCCCAUUGUUUAUGGAGUGAAGACAAAAGAGAUAAAGAUGAGAGUACUAGGACUCUGUAGCCAAACAAAAUGA